AUGGAUUACGUUUUGGUCAGAGUCCCGCCCCCUGCAUCAGGAUUGCCCCGUCCCCGUUUCUCCCUCUACCUGUCAUCCCAGCUGCAGUAUGGAGUGGUUCUGGUCUACCACAGACAGUGUGGUUUUUUGUUAGGCAUCACAGCCAGUCAGGAGUCCAUCACCCUGACUGAAAGAGAGCCAGUCAGCAUGCCUGAGCCAGAGUUUGAAGGUGCAGAGCUGCAGGAUUCUAACUUGAUUGAGCUUCUGCUGGAGCAGCCAGAUCACUUUCCUGAAGGUGAGGAAGAAAGGCAGCGGAAGACAGACAGAGAAGGAGAGCAAAUAGAGAAAGACGCAGAAGAGGAGAGAGAGCCGAGUGUGCCUGAUGAAAGAGCUCAAGAGAGAGCAGCACUUGAGAGAGAGGCAACAAGAGAUCUGACACCAUCAGACUCUUUAGACCUUGUGCAAAUCACUGGCACAUCAAGCCAGGAUGUUGUCCUGCUGCCUGAGGAGGAUUUUGGCCUGCCCAUGGAGAUGCCUGUUUUGGAAGAAAUAGAGAAGACCCCAGUCUCUGUGACCCUACCCAUACCUUCCCCUCUGCCCAGUGAAGAGGUGGAAAUGGUGGUUGAGCCCAGGAAAGAGAAGACGCCUGCUGUAGCGACACCUGAAUUUCCUAAAGUGGAGAGGAAGAGGAGGAGACAGCUGCUCUUCAUUGACAAAGAUACACAGAUAUCUCAAGAUGAGAUGAGGUCCCAGAUUGAUGAUGUGGAGAUAGAGACCAGGCCGUUGAUGAAUGUUCUCAUCAAACCGCCCUUUGAAAAAAGUGAUGCUAAAGCACUGCUCGGGAACCCAUGCAUGAGCCUUCCACCUGAAAUCCUGGCACUAUGGAAACAGGCUGCGGUUGUGAGGCCCAUUCCUCCAUCUGAGUUCCAUUGGGAGGUUCCUGUGGAAGAGGAGAUACCAGAGAGAGAGGAGGAAAGACAUGAACCAGAGGAGGAAGAGCUCAGCUCCAAAGAAAUUCCCAGAGAAAUGGUGGAGUCUGGUCUCUCCCAGCAAGAAACGCCUGCCUCUUUUGUGGUUUUGGAGACAACAGAUAAGGAUUUUUCUCCCCUCGUGACGCCAGAAAGCAGACGAUCGCCUGUUCCAGAAAUUCAGUAUAGUCUGGAGGAUAUCCAAGAAGAAAGGAUUCCAGAGAUGGAAGAGAUUUCAGUGGAUACCGAUGAACCAGUAAGGCCUCUGUUUGCUGUUGAAGGUUUGGUCACCUUUCACUCUCUGCUGCCCCCUCAGGCCAGCCGCAGAAUUGUUGCCCAAAUCUUUUGGGGACUGCUUGAGAAAACAGUUGCAAAACAGAUCACAGUGCGACAGGAUGAGCCGUAUGGUGACAUCAUAAUUUCACAGGAGCAGCCACUGACCGUUUGA